GAUGGCGGCCCCCUUGGAGCUCAGUUGCUGGGGAGGCGGCUGGGGGCUCCCAUCGGUUCACAGCGAGUCCCUGGUGGUGAUGGCUUAUGCCAAAUUUUCUGGUGCACCCUUGAAAGUCAAUGUGAUAGAUAACACCUGGAGAGGUUCAAGAGGCGAUGUACCAAUUUUGACAACUGAAGACAACAUUGUUUCUCAGCCAGCAAAAAUACUAAACUUUUUAAGAAAACAGAAAUAUAAUGCUGAUUAUGAACUCUCAGCAAAACAAGGGGCAGAUACAUUAGCUUAUAUUGCUCUCCUUGAAGAGAAGCUUCUCCCUGCAGUGCUUCACACAUUCUGGGUUGAGAGUGACAAUUACUUUACUGUGACAAAGCCAUGGUUUGCUUCACAAAUUCCCUUUCCUUUGAGUUUGAUUCUGCCUGGAAGAAUGUCUAGGGGAGCACUGAACAGGAUUCUCCUGACCAGAGGACAGCCUCCCCUCUACCACCUCCGAGAAGUGGAAGCACAGAUAUACAGAGAUGCCAAGGAGUGCCUAAAUCUUCUAUCAAACAGAUUGGGAACAUCUCAGUUUUUCUUUGGAAAUACGCCUUCUACCUUGGAUGCCUAUGUUUUUGGUUUUCUUGCACCUCUUUACAAAGUACGGUUUCCUAAAAUUCAGCUACAAGAACAUCUGAAACAGCUCUCCAACCUCUGUCGCUUUUGUGAUGACAUCCUGAGCAGUUAUUUUAGGAUUAGUCUUGGAGGCCUCUCUCCAGCUGGACAAGAUACGGUAGAUGCAAAUCUACAGAAACUCACACAACUUGUAAAUAAGGAAUCCAACUUGAUUGAAAAGAUGGAUGACAAUCUUCGCCAAAGCCCUCAGCUUCCUCCUCGGAAACUGCCAACACUUAAACUGACUCCAGCAGAAGAAGAAAACAAUUCCUUCCAACGGCUUUCACCCUGACAGUAGUCAUGCUUUGUGGCCAAAGUCAAACGAUUGUUGCAGUAAUCUCUUAGACUUAGUGUAUGAAGGCAAAAAGCAAGCUUAGGUAUUAAGAAAGACUAACCAAAAGGAACUUUCUAUGACAUCUAUUUUUAUUAUUAAUAUUAUUAUUAAGAAGCUUGUAUUCUAGCUUGGCAGUGCAUUUUAAAUAACAUCAGUUAAUGCUAAAUGAACUUGGUGGGUGGGGGGAAGAAAAACACAUUGUACUGUAUACAAAAAAGCUGCCUUAUUCAUGGCAGAUUUUUGCCUUUGGUUCACAUGUUGCUGACCAGAAGCUACGAAUUCUGUUCUGAAUGUGCACUCCUAAUUUAUUUGAGUUAAUUUAUUCAGUUUAUUAACUUAGUUUUCUUAGAUCAGCCAGAAUACAUAAUAUGUGGCUCUUUGGCUGAGGCUUUUUACUUCUGUUUAGAAAUUUGAUGCCUAUUUUAGGAACCAGAAAAAGAUAAAUUGCUUCAAUAGAAGAGACCAUAUUUAACUUUAAAAAGUGAUAAGGAAUGUGCUUUUUAAUUAUGCUCUCACAAGUCUAAUCUUUUGGGGGUUUAGUAGCACAGUAGAUAAAUAUUAGAGGUGGUUACAUAAAAUAACAUCUGAUAAUAUGCACUUCAGUAUGAUAUUGGUCUUUGCUGAUGUGUUCAAUGUGGGUUAGGAUGGGUUCUUUUAGUUUUCUUGGGCAAAUGUGACAGUUUGAGACUUAUGUCUUUGUAGUAAAUCUUUAGUUGUCUUUCUUGUAUUAAUUCCAGGAGAGCCGAACGUAGUGGUCAUCGUUACUAUGCUAAGCUAUCACAUGUUACUGAAAUUGCUCAAUUGCUAGACCCUAUUCAGGAGGAGCCCAUAGCCAGGGUAGUAGAAAUACUUACUGUGCAUCUGGUCCAAGUUCUCUAAUCUUGGCCCAGGCUAAUAUUCUUUCAUAAGAUGCAUAUCAUGCAGUCAAAAGCUUUCUGACAACCAAUUAUUUUCCAUAUGUCAUAUGUUUUACCUGCAGUUGGAGAAUACAAAGGAACUAUCAGAAAUAGCAGCUUUUAAAGAAUAUUUUCUAUUUAUUGGUUGCUGAACUGUUAAAGGAUGUGCUGGGGUAAUUUUACUUAUAAUAGAAACUUGCUUAUUUUAGUGGUUGAGAUGCUUCUGUUGUCCUAAAACCACUUCUGAGGUUUUUAAAAUACAGAACCAUGUUUUGGAUUAAUGUCUUAAAAGAUUACUAUGGUGCUUAGCCAAUCUUAUCAAGUCCUGCAGAAAGCCGGUAUGUUAAGAAAAUGAGCUUUGUAGUCAAAAGACUCAUCUAAUUUCAGCUGAGUAGAGCUCAGCUAUGUUUGACCCACAUCCUUUCAAUUUGUUCUGUAUUUAGGUAGCUAUUUAUACAGGACUCCUUAAGUCAUUGUAAAUAUUUUUUCUUGAAAAUUUUAACCAAAUGAGAAAUAAGGUAGUCUUCAAAAUCUUGGUCAUCUGUUUGGAUGUAUUUAGGGAAAGUACCUCAUGAGAUGCACAUUACUUCUACAACGGUGUGUGUGUGUGUGUGCAUGUGUGUAUGUGUGUGUUUCAGUCAUCUUCAAAGGCAGAUUAUUAGAUUUCAGCAGUCUGAAAUCUAAAUAGUUUAUAUUGGAAAUCAUGACUGUGAGACUUUAUUGUUCUCUAGGAUGGAUGUAUAUUGGAGAAGGGUGGUUAGCACAUUCAUCAGACAUCUGUUUAUGCUUUGAUCAGAGCCAGUCAUUUUUAAUUAUGAUUUAUAUCAGACUCUCCAAAAGUAUUUGAAGUAUAUUACAGUUAUAAUGUACAUUACAUGUAUAUUACAAGUAUAUUACAUGUAAACAGAACAAUUAUAAUUUAAAAUUUUAAAUUUUUAAGGAAUUUUAAAAAAUUAAAAAUUUAAAUUAAAAAUUUGUAGAGGAUAGAACUAUGUCAGCACUGACAGGUUCUAAAAUUAAGAGGUAAAUUUAACUCCAAGUUUCUCCAUGGGCAAAGUUAAAAGAUAAUGCUAGGUUAUGUCAGUUUUUCUUUUAAUAAAACUACUGAUGUCCAUUAGGAAGAAAAAUGUGUUUCAAGUUUUGCAAGAACAUGGAGCCCAUGUUCUUCUGAUAUGUAGACUUUGAUAAAGAAGCAUACUGUAAUGUUUCAUGAAUCAAAAUUUUAAUCAGAGGAGGUCAUUUUAGAAUAACAAAUAUUUGUCUUUUUGUAGAGGGAAUGACUGUCAGUAUGAUUUAUUUGCUUUUGUGUCAUCCCUAUUUCAAACUGUCAGUAGCCUUACAUUCUCGCUGUGGUCCAUGAUACUUCCAGAUUUCCUUUCCUAAGAUACAACAUGUGAUUUUAGUGAGAGUUUAUAUAUUGGGUUACUUAGUUGAGCUAUUUGUGUAUAAACAGAUGAGAUGACAGGAAGCUGUAAUUGAGCACAAAGUAAUUGAGGGACCAGCCACACAAUAUAGGAAGUUCUUAGAAAAGAAUGUUUUCUCAGGCUGAACAGACCACUUCUGACCAGCCUGUCAUGAUAGGUUGUGGAUAAAGUGUGAGUUUGCUGGGAUAAAUGGUCUACAGUCUUAAACAGAAUACUGUGAGCCAAUGUCUUUUGGAAGUGAUGGUGGAGGAUAAUAUAAUUAAAGGGAAUAUGCUUGUGUUUAUUUUUGUUGGUAGUAUAUGAUUAGAAAAACUGGCCAGAUAAUUCCCAUGAGAUGAAGAUCUUCCAUGAACAAACUGCCCUCACUCAUCCGUAAGACGGGACUUUUUAAAGUAACAUUAAAGAAGCUAUAAAGAACACUGAAGGUGAUCAUUCCUUCAAAACUGUGUUUUGACCACGCAGAAGGUGGGCAUUAACAAACCAAAUUUCAACUCAAGUCUGUUUAUAUUAUUUUGGGGGUACUGGAAAGCUGGAGAUUUUAUAAAAGCAAGCAUUUGUAUUUCCAUUUAUAAUUUGUAUUCGUUCAAUGUUGUUAGAUAUAGUAACAUGAAGGAAUGGGGAAGCUUAUUUCAGUCAGAGAAAAAUUUUCAUAAGUUUGUAAAAAUGGAAAAACUAUUGAAAGAAGCAGAAAUAGGUAACAGGGAUAGUAUCUUAGAAAACCUUUUGGUUAAGGCAGCUUCAUGUGAUAAAAGUGGGAUUUGAACUUGGUAGUGUUUCCUGAGAACCUCCUCCAAAAGUAUGUAUUUACCAGGCCUGUUACAUCUUUCUGAUUUUUUUUUUUUUUAAAUCAACUGUUCCAAACUUUAAUCCUUUUAAAACCCAGAUAUAAAUGCUUACAUGUAAAGACAGGAAACUAAGCAAUGGGUACCUGGGAUCUCUCUCAACUAUUUUUAUAACUUCUAGUGAGUCUAAUUAUUCAAAAUAAAAAUAUUUUUAAAGUAAAUUCAUAGAUUAAAUCUAUCAUUAUAUAGACUAUGAUUUAAAAUUUAAUUUUCUAAACAGUAUUGAACUUAGUUUAAUAAAUAUAUGAUAGAAAUACAAUUGUUAUUUCAUUCUUAAGAAAAAACUCGUGUUUGUAACAAAUGAUAUCUAAAGAUCUAUUUUGCCUUACCA